AUGUUUGCUGAACCAUCGCCGUCCCCGAUGGGCUCGUUGGCCAUGAAUGGAGGUGCAGUUGGUUCGAGGGUGCACAAGGCGGAGACGAAGGGGAUUCAAAUACCCCAGACUAGAGCCAAGGAUGACGAUUCCAUUGCUUCCGGCUCAACUGCUUCGACUGAUAGUCAGAUGAGGAAGCGGAUGAGCACAGACAUGUCUAAAGAACAAGUUGAAGAUUUGGUGAGAAAGUUGACGAUUGAUGAGAUGAAGACGAGAUGGUUCGAUGAGAUCUUUGAGAAAGUCAAGUCUGAACUCGUCGAAGAGCAUUCACAAACAGACAAUACACCCUCAUCUUCAGAACCUCCCAGUCCCAAGUCAAAUCCGGUCAAGCCUACACCGUCUCAACAACCAGCACCCCAACAGCCAGUCCGAGAAGAUGCGAAGAAGCCUGAACCAACAAGUUCACCAGUCGAGACCAAGAACAAGCCCAGUGAUCCCAUAUCAUCCAGCCGCAGCUCCCUCGGUACUACUGGCAGCCCUUCAACAUCACAUGUCUCAGACUCUACUUCCUCCAACCAACUACCACCACGAUCAAAGUCAGCUCCAAGAGAAACUUCACCUCCUGUCACGAAGCCACGGCCUUCUGUGCGAUUCUCCAAGGCCCCUAUCAUCUUGAACGAAGAUCCUGAGCCACCUCGGCGUACCUCGCCAACACGUCCUGCAUCACGAUCUGGACCACCCACGGAGCCAUUACGACAUGCCGAACCACCACGUCCGGCAUCGCGAGCUGGACCGCCCACCGAGUCACUACGACAUUCGGAACCACCACGCCCGGCAUCACGAGCUGGACCGCCCACUGAGCCACUACGACAUGCUGAGCCACCACGUCCGGCAUCACGAUCCGGGCCACCCACUGAGCCAACAAAACAGGGUCCGAUGCUGUCGGCGGUUGAUCUGAAAUGGGGACGACUGUUUGACGAUAGGGGUGAUCCCACUGCAAGACUUGGCCAGGUCCUCCGGGGAAUUGCCAACUAUUUGGUUGCCGAAUACAGCCCUCGCAACUCACUCGUCGUCACACCGGAGAAGCUCAAGGCUUUCUACCACGAAUACAAGCUUGACAACGAGACAUUCCCGUUCCAGCAAAUCUUUGACUGCCGACCCCACGGAGCUCUUGAUAGUCUCGAAACACUGUACCAGCAUCUUCGAUGUGAGAACCACCUUGUCCAAAGACGACCAGGCGGUAUGCCUCACAUUCCCUCUCUCACCCCAGCUGGUUUCGAGCACUGGAUGACUUGUCAAAUCCGAGCAUUCCCUGACCAAGAAGCCAAGCGACUGAACCACAUCAUGGCUGAUCUUCCGAUUAUCGCCGACGGUGCUUUUGAAGAUGGAAAGCCUGAACGACUACCGAAGCAGCUUUCAAGACAUCUUCUUCCAGCAGCUCGGCAUCGUGAGACGCAUGAUCUUGUGGUCGAUGCUAUUACUGGAUGGGUCAAGCAUACCGCGGAGAAUGAGAACGAUCUCAGGAGGAAUUCAUCCGAGGACGUUUACAAAUCCUCGUCGAAGGAGGAUAAGGCCGGACGAUAUAGGCCUGAUGACUACCGUGAUCGAGACUCCAAGCAUCGUCGAGGACCCAAGGACGAUUAUAAGCCAUCACCAUUACCUCGUUCUGAGCCUUCUUCACACCGGUUUAUUCAGCGUCCCAAAUCAGAAAACACCAUGCGUCCUUCUAGGGACUCCCCAGUACCUUCAGGUUCAAGUCACAGAGCUAGAAGUCCAGUAUCGAAUCGCUAUCGCAACUCAACCCCAACAGUCGAAAGCAGUUCUGGUACACCUGAUAACUACGAUAUGCCUGCUCCUGUCCAUCGAAACAGUUAUCCCAGCAGCAGCAGUCGUCGCAAUAGAGACAGAGACUAUCGAUGCUCGUCAAGUCGGGAUACUAAGUCGCCAGUCGAAGCAGUUCCUCGAUCAUUACCUCGCAGAGACGGUGACCGUCGCUCAAGUCUAAUCUUCGAAGAGACUGGGAAGGAUCCGAAUGGAAUGACCUACGACGAGUACUUGCGCUUGAAUCCACGACCGAUGCGAAAUGCUGUUGUUGAUGAUGGCGGCCAUUAUCGAAAUCUUCCUUACUCCAGCGGAAGCGAUGAACGAGCCCGAUGA